CAUACAGAGAGAGAUAGAGAGAGAGCAUAAGCUAGCAAACAAGUUUUAUCUUAAGAUUCCCGUUUGUGUUCCCCGACUUCCCCGAUGCCUUCUCUUGGCUUUUCUUCAAACUCCAUUAAUAUUUUCCUUCUUUAUUAAUCAAGCUCUUCCUCUUCCCUUUUUUCUUCACUGAUCCUAACACAGCACUCUUCUGAGUUUCAAUAAAUUCUACCAAUGCCUCCUCCUGCACCAGUGCUUCUUCUUCCUUCACCUCCAAAUCCUGCAGACCACAAAGAAUGCAGGAAUAAAGAAGGUUUAUCAGAAUCUUUGGUUUUUGAUGCUUCUGUUCUGAAUAAGUAUGUAUCUCCAAUACCUUCUCAGUUCAUAUGGCCUGACCAUGAGAAGCCAUGCCUGAGCCCACCAGAGCUCCAAGUUCCUCCGAUUGACCUGACGGGCUUUCUCUCUCGGGACCCUGUGGCCAUGGCCAAGGCAUGCUCUCUGGUGAGAGAAGCUUGCAGGAGCCAUGGAUUCUUCCUUGUGGUUAACCAUGGGGUUGAUGCUGGGCUUAUAGCCCAAGCCCAUGAGUUCAUGGAUAGGUUCUUCGGCAUGAAGCUGUGUGAGAAGCAGAAGGCUCAGAGGAAGCUCGGGGAGCAUAUUGGCUAUGCCAGUAGCUUCACUGGAAGAUUCUCCUCCAAUCUUCCAUGGAAAGAGACAAUGUCUUUCAGGUAUUUCGCUGCCGCAGACGAUGACCAGUUCGUGAAAAGAACAGUUGAAGAGUAUUUUGUGGACAUUAUGGGAGAAGAUUUCAGGGAAUUCGGGAAUUUGUAUCAAGAAUACUGUGAAGCCAUGAGCAAUUUGUCGCUUGGAAUAAUGGAGCUUCUGGGAAUGAGCCUGGGAGUUGGGUGCAACCACUUCAGAGACUUCUUCAAAGAGAACGAUUCCAUAAUGAGACUGAAUUACUACCCGCCAUGCCAGAACCCUGACCUUGUUCUUGGUACUGGGCCCCACUGCGACCCCACUUCGCUCACCAUUCUUCAUCAAGAUCAAGUUGGAGGUCUCCAUGUGCUUGCCAAUCAAACAUGGCAUUCAGUUGCUCCUAACCCUAAUGCUUUCGUCAUCAACAUUGGCGACACCUUUAUGGCUCUAUCAAACGGCAUAUAUAAGAGUUGCUUGCACAGAGCAGUGGUGAACAAAACAAGUGUGAGGAAAUCGCUUGCUUUCUUUCUGUGUCCAAGAUGGGACAAAGUAGUGAGACCUCCGGAGCUUCUGGUCAGCGACGAAAAUCCAAGAGUAUAUCCAGACUUCAAGUGGCCAAAACUUUUGGAGUUCACACAGAGACAUUACAGGGCAGACCCAGGAACCCUUGAUGCUUUCUCAAGGUGGCUACAAGAGAAAAACAUCUAACUUAGAAGCUGACAUCACAUAAAGUUAAAGGAGCUGCUUCCUUGGGUCUCAAAGAGGGGGGGAAAAAGGGAUAGCAGAAAAACCAAAGAGAGAGAGGGGUGGGCCUCUGUCUCUGCAAUUACCUGUGUCAGUGUUUGAAAGAAUCCCAGAAUAGAUAUGAAGUGCAAUUUGUGGGAAUAAAGGGAGUGUUUGAUUGCAUGGGCUCCAUCUGUACAUGAAUUCACUGAACUCUUCUCAUUCUUGUCACUACUGAAAAAAACAUGAAUGGCUGUCUCAUGACCUAUUGGUAGUUAAUUAGAUACGUAUAAUAUAAUGCAUAUAUAGGGUUUUCAA